GAGGACAGGAAAAAACAAAUCCACAUCUCAGCGUGACUGAACUGUUGCAAGUAUAAACCACAGGGGUCUUCUAACUGGUGCAGGUGCACCCGAAGUAGAGGCACGCUGGUCUUUCUGAGAAGAGCGCGUUUUGCUGAGGAGCUUCUGGUGUAAAAGAUGAGUGCCUCACUGGAGAGGACUACAGACUGUCCCUCGCAGCUGUUUGGAGAGGACUCCAGCCCGGAUGAGGAGAGGGACAACCUGACUUGCUCAAGUGAGCUACGCUGGGAAGAUGGAGGCCUACCGUCGGAGCUCCAGAGAGGAAUGGAGACCCUGCGAGUGAACAGAGAGCUGACUGACGUGGUGCUGUGUGUUCAGGGACAUGACUUCCCUUGCCACAGAGCCAUACUCGCAGCUGCCAGUCAGUACUUCAGGGCAAUGUUUUGCAGUGGUCUGAAGGAGAGUCACCAGGAGCGUGUGGAGAUGAAGGGGUUGGACAGUGGGACGAUGUGCUCCCUCCUGGAGUAUACCUACACGAGCCGAGCCCUCCUCACACACUCCAACGUCCAGAGAAUACUAGAGGCUGCCAGUCAAUUUCAGUUCCUGCGUGUGGUGGAUGCAUGCGCAGGCUUUCUGAGCAAGUCCCUGCACCUGGAGAGCUGCAUUGGGAUCCUGAACCUCGCCGAAAGCCACGCUCUGUCAACCCUGAAGGCCGGGGCUCAGGACUACAUCACCUCUCAGUUCUCCCAGAUAGUCCAGCAGCAGGACUUCCUGGAGCUGCCGGCUGAAUCGCUGGAGACUGUCCUGCAGAGGGACGACCUCGAUGUGAAGUGUGAGGAGUGCGUGUUUGAGGCACUCAUGCGCUGGGUGAGAGCCCGGCAGGACGAACGCUACCCUUUGCUGGCCAGGCUGCUGUCACAUGUGCGGCUGCCAUUGUUGGAGCCUGCGUACUUUGUGGAAAAAGUGGAGUCGGAUGAACUGAUUCGGUGCUGCAGUGAAGCCUUUCCUUUGUUGCAAGAGGCCCGCAUCUACCACCUGUCAGGCAGGGAGGUGGUCUCUGAACGGACCAAACCCCGUGUGCAGCACUUUCUGUCCGAGGUGUUCCUGAUCAUUGGAGGCUGCACUAAAGAUGAGCGCUUCAUUUCCACUGUCACCUGUUUGGACCCCCUCAGACGCAGCAGGCUGGAGGUCGCCAGGCUGCCAGUCACAGAGAUGGAGGACGAAUCCCAAAACAGAAAAUGGGUGGAGUUUGCCUGCAUCACCUUCCGCAAUGAAGUGUACAUAUGUGGAGGUAAAGAGACGCAGCAUGAUGUCUGGAAAUAUAAUGGCGCCCUGGACAAGUGGAUCCAGGUCGAGCUGCUGACAACGGGCCGCUGGAGACACAAGAUGGCGGUCCAUGGGGGGAAGGUGUACGCACUGGGUGGAUUUGAUGGGGUUCAGAGACUCGCCAGCGUAGAGGCCUAUGAUCCCUUUCACAAUCGCUGGACACAGGUGACACCUCUUGCAGUGGGCGUGAGCUCCUUUGCUACCGCAAGCUUUGACAGAUGGAUUUAUGUAAUCGGUGGUGGGCCGAAUGGAAAGCUGGCAACCGAUCAGGUCCAGUGCUGGGAACCCGGGACAGACUGCUGGGAACUGCGGGCGCCCAUUCCCAUCGAAACCAAAUGCACUAAUGCCGUCACAUUCAAGAACCACAUCUAUGUAGUCGGUGGCGCCAUGCACGCCAUGUACUGCUACUCGCCCCAGUCAGACUCCUGGUCCCUUGUGACCCGGCUGGGGGAGAGGGCGAGCUGCGCCAUCGCUGCCUGUAACAACAAACUCUUCAUCACAGGGGGGCGGGACAACAAGAACCAAGUCAUCUCCACAGUGAUGUGCUGGGAUGUUAGCCGAGAGGUGUUGACAGAGGAGUGUGUCUUACCUAUGGGAGUGUCGCACCAUGGCAGCGUGACGCUGAUGAAAUCAUACACACACAUACACAGAAUAACACCUGCUUCUGAGAGCCAAUGACACAGGUGUCUAUGGACAGGAGGAGGAAAAGUGAAAAGAAAGUAAUGAAAAUGAUUUUUUUUAACGUGUAUUUUUAUGUUCAUUUUAUGCCACUUUAUGCCACUUUCAAAUACUAGGAUCACUCAAAUCACUCUGUUUAACCUUUAGCAGUUAAUGUUAUUUUACAGAAGCAAUUGUUGAAACUUGACUUUAUACUGAUAAAAACUAAUUACAAAUGACAAAAUAUCAUCAUAGAAUAGGCAAAUAAGAACUUUUAAUAUCAAUAAAUACAUUGUUUCAUGGCUUUUGCAGAUAAAAUGGUUAACAAAGAAUAAAAAAAACAUGCUAAGUAAUUAAAUGCUGCAGAGAGAAUGAAACAAAUUUAUGCAUAUUAAUAACUAAAAAUAUGUACAUCAACACUAGGUGUGACUUUCAUGGAGGAACCAAACCCUAGAGCACCUGGUGUUUUUUUAUUAUUCACACACACACAAACACACACACACAGCCAAAGCUUUUAUGGUACUGUGUCUAUCUUCUUGUCAACAUAUUCAGUGGUCAGAGCUUCGUUUUAACAAUAACUGAGUCUCAACUAUGUGAAGAAAUAACUUGUAAAUAGAUAAAUAAUAAAAAAUAGAAAUAUCUUAAAUUGAAUCUUGAACAAA